AUGCGUUUCUCUACAGUUUCAGCCUUUGGCAUGGUCUUCGGCCAGGCUGUAGCUGGUGUUUGCCCAUAUGCUGAUGCUCAAGAAAAGAAGAGCGCUUGCCCUUAUGCUGGAAGAUGCGUUUCUGAUACUCCGAGAGCCCAUUACCCUCGUUCCGGCAAUGGUUCGGAUCCAGGAAAGAAGGGUGUAAUGUUCAUGAACAGAAUUGCCCCAUCGCUAUCAACCUUAUAUAUCGCCAACACGGACGGCAGCAAUGAACGUCAGCUUCUCUCUGAUAACAGCUCUUCAUUCGACUACCAUGGAAACUUCUCUCCCGAUGGUCAGUAUAUUAUCUUCACUACUGAACGCAACGGAGAUGGGCAAUCGGACAUUUACCGAGUCAAGACAGAUGGUACUAAAUUAGAGUCUUUGGUCGAAACCCCAUCCUUUGAAGAUGCAGGUGUACUCUCACCUGACGGAUUAACACUUGCCUAUGUUUCCACCCAAGGAAACUUCACGGCAAACAUCUGGGUUAAGGACCUCGCCACAGGAGUUGCCUUCAACCUGACCAACACACCAACCACUGCUGGUGACAAUUCUUUCCCAGAUGGCCAUUUCCGUCCAAGUUGGUCGCCUGAUGGAGAAUGGAUUGCCUUUUCUUCUGAUCGCAAUACUGGCUGGACUGGACAUAAUAGUGGGACUGGUUGGGAACAUACGCAGACUCUUUCCGUUUAUAAGAUUCGACCUGACGGAUCCGACUUCGCACAAGUUGUUACCAAAGACGGUUACUCUCUUGGUUCUCCAAAGUGGUCUCCAGACGGCGAACGAAUUAUCUUUUAUGAGAUGACCAGAGAGAAUACUUACAAUGCCCACACGGGCUCCAUCAACAGUACUGUCACACAAAUUGCAUCUGUCGACAUUGCUACCGGAAUCGACUAUGUAUACCACACUUCUGGAGAGGGAUGUAAGGUCAAUGGUCAAUUCGUAACCUUGGAUGUGGUCGGCUACAACACUAAGGGCACUUCCAGUGAUAACGAGGGUCUCAACUACAACAGCACUGGCACCACAAACUAUACCUCUUUCUUGGGAGGGAUGCGUAACCCUUCCUGGUCACCAGAUGGAACUCAAGUGAUCUAUGAGGUAUCAGCGUUCGACCCAGUUCGUCCUAUGGAAAAGCCAUUGUACAGCUGGGAUGGUGACUUUGAAUAUCGCUUCACCGAUGUCUUCCCAACACUUUCCAAGCAAAACGUUCUUGCCAUUACACAAAAGCAACUUGGUAAUUCAUCCAUUGUUAGCAUGAACCCAGAUGGAAAAGACCUCGACCUAGUCUUUGACGUUUUCUCCACGAAUCAAACGUCCACAGCCGACACUUCGUCAGGUUUAGCUGGAGCCUUCCAGCCCUCCUGGUCCUCCGAUGGAGAAUGGCUUGCUUUUGGUCUAGGAUCCUGGUUCUUCGACCGCUCCAUCGAGCCUGGAUGGAUCUACCGAGCCACCGCUAACGGUUCAUACUCGGAGCAACUUACCUUUGGCGAAGCUGGUGUCAGUAACUCCGGCUUCCCUUCUUUCUCUCCAGACGGCACUCAAAUUGUCUACCGUGACUGCGGUCCCGCUCCUCUCUACUGUAUCGGUCUCCGCAUCUUGAAUCUCACCGAUGGAACCAUUACCAACCUCACCGAUACAUGGGACAACACACCCGGUUGGUCUGCGGACGGUGAACGUAUCGUCUUCACCCGUCGCAACCAUCUCGAUUUCACAGAUCUUGGCUCAACCGAUUCCUACGAUAUCUACACCAUCCAUCCCAACGGAACAGGCCUCACUCAACUCACAACCUCUGGUACAAACGAUGCUCAUGCCGUUUGGACCGAUGAUGGGAGGAUCUUGUAUAGUAGUGGAAUGUAUGGUUUCAGAGAGGAAAGUUCCCUUUACGAUAAUGCGUUUCAACCUUAUGGUCAGAUCAUGUCCAUGAAUGGCGAUGGUGGUAAUAAAACUCUCUUGACGGAUACGAUGUGGGAGGAUAGUAUGCCGCUUUAUGUUAGUAAUGAUCAGUUUUGGCGAUGA